AUGCUUGCCACUUUGAUCGACACUCGAGAUGUUUUGUUGCUCUCGAGGUUCAGCAAGACAGAGAGUUGCAUUCAGGAAAUCAUCUUGCACAUUGGAACUCCCUCAAUUGCAUCGAAGAGGUUGAGAACUGCAGAGGCCUCUCAACGUCGGUUCGAAAGGGCCAUUGUCUUCAAAAAUUCUUUGACAGACCGAGAGCUGGACGAUGCCAAAUGGAACAGGGCACUGGAGAAGCUCUACGCCAUCAUGGUCUCUUGUCCGGCUGGAACUCCACAAGGAGUAAAGUUCGACACCAAAGACAUCGAACUCAAUCUGAGACAGGUCAACAUUUUGUGUGGGGCCCGCAGUCCGAACACCGUGGCAAAAAGGGCAAACAGUUUGGCCCAAUACUGCAUUUGGCACAAAGGAUGCUUCUACAAGAAGCACCCAAUUCCUUUCAGUCCAGACGACAUUUUUGACUACAUUUGGGAAAAGCACCAAGAUGGCGUGGCCUACGGGACCAUUUCAGGUUUCAUUGAGGCAGUGAACUUUGCCACAUUUGUGUUGGGCCUGCCAGUCAAAGAUCUUGGCAAGCCAUUGGUGUCUGCAUUCACCAAAGUCAUCCUUGACAAAGCUGCAACCAGGCGUCCUGAAAGAAAACAGGCAAGGCCCCUCAAAGUCUCAGACGUGAUGCAUUUGGAGGAAAUGCUAGGCAACGACAAAGUCGAUCUCCAAGAUCAGAUCGCUACGCAGCGGGUGCAUUCUUGUUUGCGAUCUAUGCACGUUGCCGAUGGUCUGACCUUAAAAGGGUGCAAGACUUUGACCUUGAUUUUUGGGCUUCAGCACUUUCCCCCACAAGACAGCAUCGCAAGUGGCAAAGCACGGGCUGCCCAUGCCGCUCGUAGCACCCAUAUGGGGGGUUUGCAGUCCACCAUGGGCAAUGACAUGGAAAGGGUGGCAGAAGCAGUCAAAUUGGGUUUCGCAGAGCACUCCAAAGGACCCCUCCUGCCAGCUCCAGGAAAGGAUGGAGGUUGGACCGGCAGAAGCACUCCAGACGAAGCCAGCAAAUGGCUUGGGGAGCUCUUGAAGCUUUGCUCCUCAGAGCUUGAGAAGGUGUCUUCACAUAGUCUCAAAGCCACGACUCUUUCGUGGAUGGCAAAAGCCGGAAGCGAUGAACACCAUAGAACCAUUCUCGGGCAUCACUCCACAGGCAAGAAGUCCCUAGAGAUAUAUUCCAGAGACUUACUUUCUGCACCCUUACGCGCGUUGGAGGAUGUCCUCAGGCAAGUGCGAGUAGGCUCACUCAGACCUGAUCUUACCCGGUCAGGCCACAUACAAGAAGCAACGGGUCACGACUGCAAAGAGUCUGAAAAUGGACACAGAGGCCACCCCACAGCAGAUGAGGCAAAUGGGGUUUCUUCCUCAAGCUCCGCAUCUAGCUCCAGUAGCUGUUCGGCCGAAGGGCACUGGACGUCCCGUGGGUCCGCCGACCCGUGCGCUCUUCAAUCCGCCUGGGGCACCCACACCAUGUACCAGCACGACACAAGCAAAAUAGUUCAUGUGGAAGCCGACAGUGAACUGAAGCUUUUCAAGUGUGGUGUCAAGGCCACAUCUGAGCAUCGCAUCAUCGAAAGCACGGCCUUUUAG